AGUCUGGUUGUUGGUAAGGGGCAUAUGCGAUGGGUUUCCAUGGAUCCUCUUCAUUUCUCCUCCACCCACACUCACUUCCAUUCCCACCAACCUUCCGUCACCGUUUCCAUAUCCCCAAACCCUAACAAUGGCUUGCGCCACCUUCCACCUCUCAACACCCUUCUCCCACCUUCACCCUCUCAACAAGCCUAAACCCCACUCUCCCACUCCCUCCUUCUUCCUCCUCCUCAAACCCUUCUCCAAAUCCGACAACAACGCUGAUUCGCCACCGGCAAUCUCGCCGCCGCCGCCGCCGCCACUACCGGAAGAAUCCGAGAGCUUCGACAAGCGGCGCCUGGAGGAGAAGUUCGCUGUGCUGAACACCGGGAUAUACGAAUGCCGCUCGUGCGGUUACAAGUACGACGAGGCCGUUGGGGAUCCUUCAUAUCCGCUCCCGCCGGGGUACCAGUUCGAGAAGCUUCCAGACGAUUGGCGUUGCCCGACUUGCGGGGCGGCGCAGAGCUUCUUCGAGAGCAAGAGCGUUGAGAUCGCUGGGUUCGCUCAGAACCAGCAAUUUGGACUCGGUGGUAACUCUCUCACUUCGGGUCAGAAGGCUUUGCUUAUAUAUGGCAGCUUGUUAUUCUUCUUUGCACUCUUUCUUGGUGGCUACUUCUUACAAUAGUUUAGUUUCAUAAGGUAAUCAAUUAAGGAUUUAUUACUUCCUAUUUUUUAAUAUUUGUCUUUAUUUUAUU